AUGUAUUUGAUUUCCUGCAAACAGUCUCUCAUUCCUCCCCCUUCUCUGCAGCCGCGGCCGCGGCCGCUUGCAGCGAUGGUUCGUGAUGGCGACGAGCCACGGAGUACAGAAGCCCUUCUCACGGAGCUGCAGCGCCUCCGCAGCGAUCCGGUGCUCCAGCCGUACAUGGGCGGCCGCAGCGCACGACCGCCCAUGCUGAAGGAGGCGGCGGCGAAGGAGGGAACCUCCUUGGGACGUGAUGGUGCAGAAUCCCUUGUGGAUUUUCAGACACGCUUGAGCCGCGAGGAGGAAAACCGCCUUCGGAACUCACUCAAGGCCCAGAGAGCGUUUCAGCAGGCACUACAGUCAUUAGAGGCCCGCCGCACACUGCCGGAGCAGCGCCCAGAAGGGCGCACCGUAGUAGAGCCUUCUUCUUCUUACCCCGAUGCUGUUGCAGGGCACGGUGCGCCCUCGUUUGAGCCGCACACCGAGGCGGUGGUGAGGGGAAUGACGGCGGCGGCUAGAAUGCAGGACACCGUCGCGACGAUGCAGGAGAAGCUGUUGUUGCGAGAUCGCACGAUUCAACGGUUGCAGACUGAACUAGACGAAACACGAACCAUGUACGAAUCUGACAUUGCUCGCAUGCAGGCGGCCCACGCGCAGUGGAGGCAAGAGUCAGAGCGGGAGACGGCGGCACUGAAGAUGCAGCUGGCACAAGUGGCUCCCGCAGGGAAUUCAACUGUCAACACAACGCCAGACGCGGGAGAGUUUCUGGAGGCGCUCAACUUUAAAGAACGCCUGCUGGACGAGAUGCAGGACGCCUUUCAGCGUGCAUCACAGGAGUGGAAGAACGACACCGCGCGCACUGUUGCGGGAAUUCGCCGGACAGUCGAGGAAGAGGUACGCAGUGUUGUUCAUAAAGCCGAGAGUCUCGUUGAAGAGCUGCAAACGGCACUGAGCACACUGGCCGCCUCUCGCCUUGGCACCACUUCGUCCCUCACUGCGGAGGCGGUAGGGCGUUUGUUGCAGGAGGAGGCCAUGUUGCUUUCGUCGUGGGAGGCAAAACUCCGUGAACAUGUGCGCACGACGGUGAAACGUGCCGUGCGGGGCCGCGUGAAGGACAUUCUUCGGCCGUUUGUGGAGCGGGAGCUGCAGGGCCAUCGGGUGCUCGGCAUGCCACUCCACCCUAGCCCGGUCCAUGCCGCCCCCACAGUGGAAGCGGCAGGAGUAGCCUCAUCGCCACCCGUCUUGGCAUUAUCACCGUCACCGUCACCGGAUGCAGUGCGCUACGGGGCGGUGCCGGCGCUGGAGGCUGUGGCGGUGGUGCGUGGCGUUACCGCGCGGACCCAAAAUGGUGUGUCUGACGGCCCUGGACGGCCGAUGUGGUUGAAGCGUUUCUGCUACUGA